AUUCAUAUUUCAAAAUCUGUUCAAAAUAAAAAUUUAAGACGAAAUUUCAAAAAUCAUAAAUGUCAAUUGCGAUUGAAAUUUGCUGUGAAAGCUGAGAAAUAUAUAAAUUGUUUUGAUUUUUAACGAGAAUAACCUUUGUUGGUUACUUAUGAAAUGCAUUAGUUGUUUAGGGGAACUAGAACUGAUUACUCAAUUAUUGGCAAUAUGGCCAAUAAGUAUAGAUAUUUAUUAAUCACAGGGGAUCCAGGAAUCGGAAAGACGACUUUGAUUAAAAAGAUUUCGUCCAUGGUUGCAGCGAAUAAUAUUAAAGUAUAUGGUUUUUAUACAGAAGAAAUAAGAAAAAAUAGGGUAAGAGAAGGAUUUGAUGUAGUCAGCCUUGAUGGGCUACGGGGUCGCUUAGCCAGAGACCUAGCUCUCCUCAACAGCCCUGUUAAAGCUAAAGUUGGAAAAUAUGGCGUGCUUAUAGAAGAAUUUGAAAAUGUUGCAUUGCCUUGUUUGAAUGAGAAACAAUUUGGAUCUCAAAGUUUGCUUGUCAUAGAUGAGAUUGGAAAAAUGGAAUUCUUCAGUAAUGCAUUUAAAAAUAAAAUUAAAAAUAUAUUUGACCAGCAAUUAAAUUAUACAGUUUUAGCCACAAUACCUAUUACAAAAAGUGACAAGCUAAUUGAAAAUAUAAGAAAUCAUAAUAAGGCUAAAGUGUGGGUGGUCACUUACGAAAACAGAAAUCACAUCUACGAAGAAAUAAUGCAAGAAAUUGAAACCAGUUUAAGUACAAAAUAAAAUAUUUGAUAAUUUGGAUCA